AGGUAGGAAAAUGCUCAAGGAUAACAACCAAGUAUCCGAAUUAUCUCGUGAGACUGAGAGAGAUGCAUAUGUGUGCAUGCUCGUGUUUCAGCUCAGAGCCCUUUGUCUAGAAGACUUUUGAACUCAGAGGCCCAGGCACUAUCAACUUGACUUUGCAAUGGAGCCAUCACUUUUGUUGAUCAAUGAAAUUGACAUAAUGCUCAUUUUUCUUUUUAGCACCAACCGUGUGCCGAGAGCUAACUGUGUCAAGAAGAGCAUGCUUCAGUUGGCUGGCGUGAGCAAUUCGACUUGUGGAGGAGUGAGAAAUGUUAGGGUUGAGACAAGAAACAUAAAACCCCAGGGUAAGGACAGCAAGGCCGAGGAGAAUGGCUCCUACAGCUUCAUGCACUCCAUGGACCCACAGCUGGAGCAGCAAAUGGAAACCACCCAGAACCUGGUGGACUCCUACAUGGCCAUUGUCAACAAGACCGUGUGGGACCUCAUGGUUGGUGUCAAGCCCAAGACUAUCAUGCACAUCACGAUCUACAACGUACAUGCACCGCCUCAUGGGGACCAAGGAGUUCGUCUUCUCAGAGCUGCUGUCCAACCUGUACUCGCAGGGGGACCAGAACACGCUGAUGGAGGAGUCGGCAGAGCAGGCACAGCGGUGAGACGAGAUGCUGCGCGUGCACCACAUGCUGAAAGAGGCUCAGCAUCAUCCGCGACAUCAACACGACCACCGUCAGCACAGCUACGGGGGCCCGUGGACGACUCCUAACUUCAGAUGUCGCCUCUGCUAUUCAGCCAAGGGGACCCCAGUGCCUGCUGGCCCGGCUGAGCUCCACUCAGCAAGCUCGCCCACCUCCCUUGCCAUGGACUCUCCCUCUUCGGCUUUUCCCAGCAGGAAGGGCCAGCCUCACCUAUGUGACCUGCAACCCCCAACAAGCUGAGGCUCCCCUCUUAGACUUGUAAGUCUAUAGCCAGUGGCAUCCAGCUGCCUGUCCUCCCUACCUCCCCCAGGGUCCCUUCAGAGGGUCCUGGGCUUUCUGACUGCCCAGAGGGGCUGCGGCGAUCACUCCAGCCAUCCAUCCCUUUUAGCUUCAUCAUCCUGGUUCAAGCGGUGUUCCUUCUCUAUCAGGCCUGGUGGAUGUUGCGCUGGGUUCCCAAAAGCGAGAGGUGGCCCGGGGCCAGUGAGUUUGAAGACAGGGUGACCAGAGAAGAGGGAAACUGGAGGGGGCUGAGCAUUGCUCUGAACGGUGGGUGCACUGCCCUGGGUGACCUGAAAGAGGCCAGUGUGUGUGGGGUGGGGAGGGCCGCUGCAGCCCCCAGGCACUAACCGUUAAGCUCUGGCUCCUCCCUCCGUCUUCCUUCCCUUUCCCUUCCAGCCCCACUUUCCCAGGAACCGUGCCACACCCGCACCUGUGCCCUCCCCUCCGCAGCCUUCCCACAGCUGCUGUGGCACACCUGUGCUCUGCACUUGCCUCAUCAGCUCUCUGCUCGCUUUUCUCUCUCCUGUUCCUCUCUGCUUUCUCUCCAACUGCCAGCUGAUUGGGUCAGGCAAGACCAUCCCAUCCUCAGAGCCCCAGCCCCCCCUUCGACCUCUAAACAGAUCCCUCAUCUUCUCAGAGACCUCCCUUUCCAAGCCUACCUGAGCGGCUGUUCUGUGACUUGACAGUGGCUGCCCCAGCCCCAAAUCCAAAGCCAGCCCCCUACAUCUGUGACUUAGUCUGUUGUAGUGGUGAGCUGACACACCCAGGUGUGACCACUGCUGAAAACUUGUGCCCCCUUUGUCAUAUGCCCCUGUCCUGUUCUAUAAAUAUCUAUAAAUACACACACACACACACACAUAUAUACACACACAUAUAUAUAUACACAUACAUCAACAUGUGGCCGACCGCCUCGUCUCUAGCGCUGGGAAUCAGUCACCGUGCUGUACUUUUGGAGUCUGUGGCCCAACAAGAGAAAGCUGUCCCCUGACAUUGCCCCUCCAAAGUGCACCACCUUCAGUGAGCCUCCCUGUCAUGCCCGGCCUGUGGACAGCCAGCCCCGCCAUCCCUCCCGCCCCCCACCAAGCAUGGGGGUGCUGUGCAGGCCUCUGUGUGGCCUGACAGUCUCUACCAGUCCUGCUGUCCCUCGGCUGAGAAUCAAACCCAUUUCUGGAUGGCGGGGAA